AUGAAUAUUGAUAUUAUAUUAACUGAUCCAGAUGGUACCUACAAACCAGAUGAUAUAAUAAGAGGAACGAUAAUCCUUGAUCUUACUUCGAAUCAAAAUAUCCAAAAUAUACUAUGCAAAUUUUUUGGUAUUGAAGAAACCAGGUGGACCACAACAGAAAGCUUAUAUGAUCAAAGAACAAAAACCAUGAAAUCAGGAGUAGUACAUUAUAAAGGAGAAAACAAUAUAAUAUCAUAUCUAGAGCAGCUAUCCACAGAUGUAAGUUUGUCGAUUGGACUUCAUGAGUUUGCUUUUGCUAUCACAGUGCCUAAGAGAAUUCCUAGUUCCUAUUCAAUGAACCAUGGAUGGAUCAAAUUCGGCGUUUUAGUUAGUAUACAAAAUGACCUUAAUAUUUUCUAUGAAAAACAGAAACCAAUUCAUAUAAAAGCACCUAUCAAUUUUAAUGAUAUACGAAGCGAGAUUCAACUGGAACCAGUUGUUUAUCAGAAUGAAGAAGUCAUAUGGCAUUGCUGUUACGCAGGUGACCCAGUUACCAUGGAUCUGAUAUUAGAAAGAGAAGCCUACACUGUUAACGAACCUAUUUUAUUUAAAUUGGAUGUGAACAAUAAAUCAGAUCAAGAUAUAUCCGAAAUAGAUGUAACGCUGACAUUAGUAGUUGAAGUUACUGCUACAGUUCCUAGAAGAAGUCGGAAAUAUUAUGAAAAACUCUUAACGGGAGCUAAAGGCAGGGAAUUGGCUCACGGCCAGCAGGAAUUGUACUCUUUCAGAUUCCAAGUACCAGAUGUUAUAGACAUUCCAAAUUUUAUAGGAAGUACCUUAUUUCGACAGAAGUGUGUGUUGAAGGCUGAAUGUAAAAUACAAGAUUCGGAUACCGUGUUAGAUGUUCAAACCGAACUUAAACUUGGCCACAUUCCAGUUGAAAGAUCAAGAAGAAUAACACAUCCUCACGGACCAGUGAGACGAGUCCAUAGUUCUGGAGCCAUAAAUAGACCUUUAGGUUUUAAUUUCUUUAACACACCCGAUAAUGCCAGUGCACCUCCGGCAGAUUAUCAGCCAACUGCCCCUAGAACGACAGAUGACAUCGAUAAUCUUCCUCCAUCUUACGAAGAAGCUGUAAAGGCGACUUUUGAAACCAGAAAAACAAAAAAGGAGUAA